AUGCGUUUUGGGCCACGAAACGCGUACUAUCUCAGAAUAUCUGAGAACACAGUAUUGCCUCUCUACAUCUACCUUGAUGAGCGUCACAUCGACUGGAUGUCGGAGCGCGUGCUGCUACACGUACUAGAGGAUCUGCGGCCGCUGGUGCUGCCGAAGUUGAAUGCCGAAGAGGACGCGCACUUGGGACCUGGCGGGCCCGCCAACGCGAAACGGGGCACAGUAGACGUGCACCGUGGUGAUACAUACCAGUUCGGAUACUUUCUUCGGAAAACAGAUCCGCACGCGGUAUUGGUCAAGGUGCGUCUGGCCCUCUGCGUCGCGAGCACACGAUAUUUCGUCCCUGCGCCGGAGCGUCCACAGACGGCUAUGCCACCUAAUUCUCCUUCUCCCGAGCCAGCGACUGCCCAGAAGGGUAAGAAACGUACAGCAAAGCCAAAGAAAGCACCAUCAAAGAGAAGCAAGAAGCCAAAGACCAAAGGCAAGCGAAGGGCACGCGGGUCUGACGAGGAAGAUGAUGCUAUCUCAAUUUCGAGCGACCCGUCCGAUGAUGGCGAUGCUCUUCCCCCUGGUGACGCUCGUGUCGCACCAAGGCGUUCAAUGAGAGUGAGAAAAUUUGUGGCUGGUGGAUAUCACGGCCAAAACGAAGACGAAGAGGCGGACGCCAUCAUGCCCGACGUGAUCGACGUCGAUGUCGACGCAGACGUGGAAAUGGCUCCUCCAGACCAACUACCGGAAGUGGAACCAGCUCGCCUACCGGACGAACAAGCUGCUGCUCUGCCUCCUGCACUCGACGACUCCGGCCUAAUUACGAUAGAUGAUGCCGAAGACUCCGCGUCGGUCACCGUCAAGCAUGAAGAUGCGGAGCCCAGUCUUACUACACUCGACAAGCAAGCCGGACCUGCUGCACCUGAGCAGCCUAUAAGCGCAGGCGACUCAGCUGUGAUCGUGCCUCAAAAGGACCUGCAAGAAGGAGAUGAAGACAAGAGCAAGCUCGCCCUCCGACUUCAAUACCAGGGCUUCAAUAUUCAUGGUCGAUGUCUAUGUGUGAUCAUCGAACCGUUCUCUUCGAUACGGGCUAUGACAAGAGAGCUUUCGAGGGCUCCUUCAUUGGCUCCUGCAAUGGCGCCUCCUGGUAAUUUCUCGUUGCGUGCCCCUAGCAUUGCGCCGCCUGACUUCGUCCCCAGCGGGGGCGCGGCACGGAGAGCGCAGACCCCACUGUUUCUUCCCGAAUAUGACAGGGAGAGAAGCGUCACCCCUGCACCCGCCUUCCACCAGCAGCGCUCGCUGCCUCCUGUUCCUCUCUUCAACGCUUCGAUGGCAGACAGUGAUAGCGACGAUGAUGCCAUCAUGAACUUCAGCCAGUUACUGCAGUCAGUCGGUGAAUACCGCGCAGGCCUCGUCGAAGACGACGACGAGAUCGAUGGCGCUGUAUUGUUUGGCGAUGCAGAUGAGACGAGAGAGCUUUAA